UUUACCCAUUAUUAAUGAAAAUAUUUAAUAAACUACUAAAUUAAUAUAAAUGAAUUAUUAGUGAACUAACAGAAGUAUUUAGAUUUUAUGGUUGUUAACAUAAACAAAUUAGAAGAAUUAAAAGUAAUGAUUUUUGAUGAUAUCCCCUAUGAUGAUUCAAAUCAGAAUGAAAUCUUAUAUGAGAACUCUUCUCAUGAAUUACUUCUAUAAUAAUUGAAAAAUCUAGCAACUGCAUAGGAAGCAAAAAUUUAUAGUACUUUUAAUUAAGAUUGGAAGGGUAUCAACAUAUUGUGAUAUUGUCUAGCUCAAUUGGAUCCUUAAGUAAGAUAAUGGAUGACCCAAGUGAGAUAACAAUAUUUUGAAACAUAAAAAAAGUCAUAGAAAGUUGUUUCUAACAUUUAACUCGAAACUUUCUCAAUUGAUAAUCAAACUGCUGAUUUACAACUAGACGACUAUUUCUAAUUGUGAAAUCUGUAAACACUGUAUUCUUUUGUGAUUCAAUAUCAAUUCAUGUAAUUCAAGUUCUUAAC